AUGGAUCUGUCCGACGAUGAAGACUGUAAUUCAUCACCUAAUUCACAAAUGGAUCUGUCCGACGAUGAAGACUGUACACCAUCACCUAAUUCACAAAUGGAUCUGUCCGACGAUGAAGACUGUAAUUCAUCACCUAAUUCACAAAUGGAUCUGUCCGACGAUGAAGACUGUACACCAUCACCUAAUUCACAAAUGGAUCUGUCCGACGAUGAAGACUGUAAUUCAUCACCUAAUUCACAAAUGGAUCUAUCCGACGGUGAAGACUGUACACCAUCACCUAAUUCUCAAAUGGAACUAUCUGACAAUGGAGACCGUAUGUUUGCACCACAAUGGAUAUUUGACUCAGACUGA